AUGGAGGAAGAAGCUAUAUCUGUGAGUGAUGUUUUGCAUAAUAACGGUGAAAUCGAAUGGCAACCGCUGGCUCUUACUUUAGUUGAGUAUCCAAAAGGAGACUGGCUUGGUAAAUUCUUUGCAUUUAUAAGCCUGUCCCCAUUUGGUAUUGGUGCUGGAUUUGUUGCGCUUAUUUUGUUCCGGCGAGAUCUUCAUACUAUAACAUUUUUCACUGGUACACUGGUAAAUGAAGUGUUGAAUAUAAUUUUGAAGCACAUAGUAUGUGAAGCCAGACCACUCUCGAGAGGAAAUUUAUAUAAUGAAUAUGGGAUGCCCUCAUCACAUGCUCAAUUUAUUUGGUUCUUUAGUAUUUAUGUUUUAUACUUUGUCUUAAUCAGAUUACAUCACAUUAACAACAACAGUAUAAUAUCAGCUCUAUGGAGGGUGAUUAUAGUAGGAGGCUGCAUGUGCCUAGCCCUGCUAGUGAGCAUUGCCAGGGUGUACCUGCACUACCACACCACUUCCCAAGUUGUUGUUGGAGGCAUUGUCGGGUUCAUAUUUGCAACUGUCUGGUUUGCAAUAGUUCACAGAGUUUUCACUCCAUUAUUUCCACAGCUAGUCUCAUUGAAACUAUGUGAAAUGUUGAUGAUCAGAGAUACGACACUGAUACCAAAUGUGCUGUGGUUCGAGUACACCACGUCGCGGCAGGAAGCACGUGCGCGCGGGCGUAAGAUGGCAGCUCUGAAACCGACACAAUGA